CAGUACAGCAGAUGUAAAAUGGACAAGGAGAUAUGGGUUCCCGUAACUUUUACUCAUAUUGAAUAUCCUAAAGGGGACCUGUUUGGACUGAUAUUGGCAUGGUUCAGUCUGCUGCCCAGUUUUACGGUUAUCAGCUUUAUUCCUAUCAUAGUGCUCCGUCGUGAUCUCACUACGAUUUUCUUCUUCCUGGGAAUGUUUGUAAACGAGGGGAUUAACCAAGUACUGAAACGGAUUAUCGCUGAACCUCGCCCUGCUAGAACUGCUUCUAGUGUUCAGUGGAGUCAACAUGGUAUGCCCUCCGCACACAGCCAAUUUGCUGGAUAUUUCUCUAUGUUUAUUAUCCUCCUUUUCUACAAAAUUCUGACGUUCAUUAUACCUCUAGCAAAGAUAUGGAAACACGUUUUAGCUGCGUUGACUGUCGUUGUAUCAUUAGCUGUAUGCUAUAGCAGGCAUUAUCUCAAGUACCACACCCAAUCUCAAAUAUGUGCCGGCUUCUUAGUCGGCCUCGGAAUUGGUGCUCUCUGGUUCAUUCUAUUGGAGAAAUUCGCUGGUCCUUAUUUCCCUAUCAUAGCAAGCAUGCCUAUAUGUGAGAUGCUACUUAUUAAAGAUUACUCCCUGAUCCCGAACGCCCUGUGGUGUGAAUAUCACUGCAUUAAGACUGAAAUGAGGAGCCGCGCGAAGAAGUACAUUAGACCUGAAUAG